CUCUCAUCAAGCUCAUUCAGGACGUUAGCACCUCUCUUUUGUUUGUCCUUGAAUUGCCAUUUAUGGUUAGGCUGAACGUAAAACACCACCACACGCCACACGCCACACGCCACAAGGCAAGCCACAAACGAACUGAGCCACCCCUGACCUACCGAUAUGGGGGUUCAAUUGAAUGAGAAAAACGAGCCCUUGGACAGCAAUGGCUUCUCAUAUAGGAAGUGGUUAGAAGACAAUGAAGCCAAGAAAGCCAUCGAAAAAAUUGAGAAGAAACAUCUUUCUUUAACAUGGAGACAUUUAUCCGUAACUGGAGUUGAUUCUCGAACUGUGUUGGGACACGAUGUUCUUUCUUGUGUUAACCCAAUGGAUCUCAUCGCUGAUGCGAGAGGAUCGGUUGGUGAUAUUACCAUUUUGCAUGACCUAACUGGACAGGUGAAGGCCGGAGAAAUGAUGCUCGUGCUCGGCCGCCCAGGAUCAGGAUGUACUUCUUUCUUAAAAACCGUUGCCAACAAGCGUCGCUCCUUCAAAAGCGUUACUGGUGACGUGUUCUACGGCAGCAUGAGUGCUGAAGAAGCUGAACAGUAUCGUGGUACAAUACUGUACAAUAGCGAAGAUGAUAUCCACUUCCCCACUCUGACAGUUGCUCAGACACUUGGCUUCGCUGUCAAAAACAGAGUUUCACGCCAGACCCGGGAGAGUGACACAGGAGUGGAGAAAUAUCAUGAAGAAAUGCUCCAUGUUAUCCCUGAAGCCCUGGGCAUUUCCCACGCAAAGGGAACCCUUGUAGGCAACGAGUUUGUUCGGGGAGUUUCAGGUGGUGAGAGAAAACGUGUUUCCAUUGGGGAAGUCAUGGCUGCUCAGGGCGCGAUAACCUGUUGGGAUAACGCUACCAGAGGCCUUGACGCCUCCACGGCCCUUGAAUUUGCACAGACAUGCAGGGCCUUGGUAGAUAAAACCAAGGCUGUCGCAGUAGUGACAUUAUACCAAGCCGGAAACGGGAUUUUUGACCUAUUUGACAAGGUUCUAGUCUUGGAUGAAGGGCGGCAGAUAUACUAUGGACCUGCCAACAUGGCAAAAGCCUACUUUGAGAAUAUGGGUUUCGUUUGUCCCCCUGGUGCCAAUGUCGCGGACUUCUUAACAUCUUCGACUGUCGAGACCGAGAGACGAUUCAAAGCUGGUUACGAAAACUCAGCCCCCAAAACAGCCCAGGAACUUGAAAUGACUUAUCGAAACAGUGAUCUAGCAAGGCAGAUGCAGGCCAACAUCAUACCCCUAGAGGAACUAGAGCAAGAGACGGCCAUAGCAAAAAAAGCUCUCGAGAACGAUCAACCAAACCACAAAUCGCCUCUCCAGAGCUCCUAUACUAUUGGCUUUGGUUAUCAGGUUCUCGCAUGCGUCCAGAGAGAUAUUCAAGUAAUGCUUGGAGACAAGGCAUCGUUCGGAAUGCAGCAGAUUGCUGCUCUAAUUCAAUCGUUGUGCUCUGGGAGUCUUUUCUACAACCUUCCAGACUCUAGCGCUGGCAUUUUCGCACGCAGUGGAGCGAUUUUCUACCCCCUUGUGUUUUUCAAUUUAUCGUCAAUGGCCGAACUAACAGCGACAUUUUUUGGGCGCCCCAUUCUCAGCAGGCAUCGAGAUUUUAGCUUCUAUCGUCCUUCAGCCUUUGUUAUCGCGAAGAUGAUUACCGACAUACCUAACAUCAUCCUACAGGUGUCGAUAUUUUCCAUCGUCUACUAUUUCUUAAUUGGGCUGCAGAUGGAUGCUGGCAAAUUCUUUACCUUUUGGGUCAUCACCAUAAUCUCCGCCCUAAUGCUCACUUCGCUAUAUCGGCUCAUCGGAUGCAUGUUUAACAGUUUCGACAAUGCAGCUAAAAUAUCCGGAUUUUAUUCCAUGGUCAUGAUGGUGUAUGCUGGAUUUUUUAUUCCCUUCCAAACCAUGCAUGUCUGGUUUCGCUGGAUUUGGUAUAUUAAUCCUUGUGGCUACGCCUACGAGGCGCUCCUAGCAAAUGAAUACUCUGGAUUGGUUCUCGAAUGCACCGGGGCCCAACUCAUCCCCAAUGGCGAUGCUUACGCUGGAGCUCAAAAUCGAGCAUGCACGAUCCCCGGCGCAUCUGCUGAUGGUACCCAGAUCGUCGGCGAAGACUACCUCCAAACUGCUUUUAGCUACUCACCAGCACAUAUCUGGCGUAAUUUCGGCAUAUGCAUUGCUUGGUGGAUAGCCUUCACAGCUUGCACUGCCAUUGCCAUGGAAAGAUCCAGUUCAAACAGCAGCAGCAAAUCCUCCGUCAUAUUCAAGCGCGGAAAGGACAACAAAAGCACAUCCAAAUCCAUUCGGAAACCCACGGAUGAGGAGAAGCAGAGUGUAUCAGUGCCGAUCGGAUCGUCAUCAUCAUCUACUACCCAAGUCCCUGAAGAUGACGACUUGAAACUGGCUCGCAACGAAUCCAUAUUUACAUGGGAUCAUCUCUCAUAUACAGUUGAUGUUCCUGGAGGGAAACGGAAGCUGCUGGACGACAUCACUGGUUGGGUCAAGCCAGGGCAACUUGGAGCUCUCAUGGGAAGCUCGGGUGCCGGAAAGACAACGCUUUUAGAUGUUCUCGCACAGCGCAAGGAUACUGGUGUCAUCACGGGUGAGGUGCUUGUGGAUGGUAGACCUCUUCCAGUAAGUUUCCAACGUUCUGCUGGAUACUGCGAACAAAUGGAUGUCCACGAGGGCACAUCAACCGUCAGAGAGGCACUCAUCUUCUCUGCUCGCCUAAGACAAUCAAUGGAGACCCCGGAUCAGGAGAAGCUCAACUAUGUCGAGAGUAUUAUCAAGCUUCUUGAACUUGAAGAUAUACAGGAUGCUCUCAUUGGUGUACCGGGUGCAGGCCUUACCAUUGAACAACGCAAGCGCCUUACUAUUGGCGUUGAGUUGGCUGCUAAGCCAUCGAUUCUUCUGUUUCUUGACGAGCCUACAUCGGGAUUAGAUGGCCAAUCAUCCUUUAACAUUGUCCGUUUUCUUCGAAGACUUACAGCAGCCGGACAGGCCGUUCUUUGCACGAUUCAUCAGCCCUCAGCGUCACUUUUCGAAUCGUUCGACAGCUUGCUGCUCCUCGCAAAGGGUGGACAAACUGUCUAUUUUGGGGAAACUGGCGAGAAUUCGUCAAUUCUGCUAAAGUAUUUCUCUCAGAAUGGGGCGCCAUGUAACCCAGAUGUCAACCCGGCAGAGCAUAUUAUUGACGUUGUGUCUGGAUCUGCCGGCGGCGGCCGUGACUGGCAUUCUGUAUGGGUUGAAUCCCCUGAACACUCUCGCAUGGUUGAACAUAUGGCCGAGAUCAAGGCCGAGGCCCUAUCCAAGCCAUCUACUCUCAAGACCGACGACCGCGACUUUGCCACGCCGCUUUGGACACAACUAAAGUUGGUAACAGCGCGUCAAAAGACUGCUCUCUGGAGAAACCCAACCUACGUUUGGAACAAGGUUUUAAUUCAUGUCAGCUGCGCAAUCUUUGCUGGUUUCACCUUUUGGAAGUUAGGUAACAGUACGAGCGACUUGCAGCUGGUAUUACUGUCUUGCUUCAAUUUUCUGUUCGUCGCUAUCGGCGUCAUCGCUCAGCUUCAGCCUCUCUUCAUGCAUUACCGCGACAUCUUUGAAGCCCGCGAGAAGAAGUCAAAAAUGUACAGCUGGGUUGCUUUCGUCAGUGCCCAACUUAUUGCAGAGAUGCCAUAUCUCAUAAUUUGCGGCGUCCUCUACUUCGCUUGCUGGUAUUUCACCAUCGGCCUCACCGUCGCAGGUUCUACCUCAGGCCAGGUAUUCUUCCAGAUGAUCCUCUUUGAAUUUCUCUAUACCGCGAUCGGGCAGGGAAUUGCGGCCAUCUCGCCCAGCCCCUUUUUCGCGUCCCUGCUUAACCCGACCAUUAUCGCCUCAUUUUUCAUCAACUUCGCAGGUGUGCUACAGCCGUACUCGCAGCUCUCUGUGUUCUGGAAGUACUGGAUGUAUUAUAUGAAUCCGUACAACUACCUCAUUGGUGGCUUGGUGACGCAGCCGCUAUACGAUAUUGAUGUGGUGUGUUCAGCAAAGGAUAUUGCAAGCUUUGCGCCCCCUAAUGGAAGUACUUGUGGAGACUACAUGGCAAAAUUCUUUGAAACUGGGUUUGGGUAUUUGGUUGAUCCGGAGAGCAAGACCAAUUGCGAGUACUGCGCGUUUAAGACAGGAGGGGAGUUUGCGAAGACUCUAAAUUACAAUGAGAGGAUGUAUGGGUGGAGAGAUACUGGUAUUACAGCGCUAUUCUGCAUCUCAACCUAUGGAUUUGUUUUCCUGAUGAUGAAGCUGCGCAGCAAGAAGACGAAGAGCGCCAAGUUGGAGUAGAUGGUGUUUGGUCUAGUAGUGGACCUGUGUACGAAAGAAGAACACUCUUUUAAUGCUUUCCUUUAGAAUUUCUUAAUAGAUUGUGAUCAUGUCAAGUAAGCUGACAUGACUAGUUUGGGAAUAGAUGGGGAUGUCGGGAGUUUAUUAGAUUGAAUACUAGACAGUAUAGAC